AUGGCCCUGAAGAAGAGGAAAAUCUGCAAGUCGGAAGCGGAUCAGUUGUACAUGCUCGAGAUUCUCGUCGAGCGCGUGGAUCUGUGUCCCGGGAAACAGCUCGACGCCGAAGACCUCGAUUGCCUGAUGGUGCGCGUAGAAUUCAUCGAUCUCACGCCUGUCGAUAUCACCGCCGAGGAAUUUAUCAAGGCUGCCAGAGGUGAAAGAUGUAAGAACAAAGAAAGUCGCUUGCUCGCCGACCAGUCGGGUAAAUCGUGCCUGUUCACCCGUGCGCCGAGCAAUUUAAUACGAUCUAUAAAAUCGACUCCUCUGAGUGUCGAGGUGUAUCGAAUUCCCCGGAUGAAGGACCGUAAUUCGUGCGACGACGGUUCGAUUCUUCUUUGCGCGGCAACGGCAUUUCUGCCGAGAUGUUUCGCCGAUCGAGUGGCCGAGGCCAAGGGCAAGAUGGACGGGCUAUCGGAGCCGUACACGCUGAAGAAAGCCUACACGUUGACCGACGAGCGAGGCUUUCCUUGCGGGUCCGCGUCGAUCCACUUGAGACUGUCGUGCUUCGGGAGUUCUAUUAUCGACCAUUUCACGUUUCGCCAAAAAUCAUUCGUACUUCAAGACUUUCCUCUCGGCGAGAAAUUUCGCUGCGUGAGACAAUCCGACAAGAGCGCGAUCGACGAUACGUUUCCGUCGAGCGAGGUUCCAAGAGCCGCGUAUUCCGAACCACACGACCAAGAGGACGCGAGUUCCGCGCCGUUAACGAGACCGCAGUCAGCGCCGCGUGUGUCGAUGGACCAACCGGGAUUCGAGAAGCUGACAAGCGCUGAGAAACUUAACGAUCGCAGAUACCGCAGUCUGGUAUACGCGGCUUAUCCCGACGAGCCUACUUGCUCGUGCUUGCCGACGAACCGCUCGACGCAUCCUCUUAUGUGUCGUUCCGGAUGCCUCCGCUCUUGCUGCAUGGCCCUACGAAACCCCGAUAUCCUCCAAAACAACGUACCCGUGCUCUCUCUGCCUGCCGACCAUGUGAGCGAUCCGUCAAGUGGCGUUGGAGACGACACGAAUCCUUCCGACGAUCCCACGAGGAUGAGAGGCGGCGGGGAGAAGGAAGAUAUCCGCUCAAAACACGUCGAGUUAGCGACGUGGAGCGGCGAGUACGCGCGGCACGGAGAUAAUAUCAACUUGAAGCAACGUUUGAUGGGCGGAAGCGAGUAUCCGCCAUCCGAAAUGGUUACCACCGUCCUAUACGAGAAGAACAAGGAAACAAGUGCAGGCACGACGUGCAGACCCCGUCCGAGGUCCGCGGACGGGGUCAUGACGGGAUGCACUUGUCCGGGGAAAGACCCGUUGUCCGGCAGAACGGGCACGAUAAAAUGCGCGAAGAAGCCAUGCGUGGGUGCGGACUGCAUGAUACGUGCCUUCAGAGAGGCCCAGGACUUUGUGAAUUCCCUCGACAAGGUGCUCGGGAUGACGGGUCUCGGUUUGAUGGACCCGUCCGACAGUCCUUACUUCGGCCGAGGUUACGGCGCUCAGGAUAUGCCGAGGAGAGGGUAUCCCGCGGCGGUAGCAACAACAUCGCCGAAUCUGCAAUACACCGCUCCUUGCACUCAGACCGGCGGUGCUACCGCAUUAUCCUACGCUCCCAUCGCCGCCGCCGCGCCGGUACGCGGCGGAGUCGUGCGCGAGGCGAUACCUAUGUUACCGGAAACGCCGUUGCUCCCGCUGAAGCCGAAGAAAAAAGAGGACAAGAAAGAGGAGAAAGCGGAGAAGCAGAAGGAGGCGGACGUCGCGGCAGCCGCGCCGUCGGACGUCGAAGUUGGUCCAUGCGGUGAGGCCAAGUGCAAGUCGUCUCGACGGAAGACACCCGGUAACGGCCGGUCGGAGAACGGCAGCGAUUCGCAUAAAAAGGAAACGGCGCGGUCGAAGUCAUCGCCGAGUUCCGUUCCCGUGAAGAGCGUCGCCAGUAAUCCCGGUGAACGGGCGCGACGUCCGAGAAACAAACCGAACCUGGGUGCCGGCGGUGAUCGCGAUGACGGAAAAGUCCCGCCCGUCAAGGCCAGCAAACGAGUAAUGCGCUACGUUUACACGAUCGGCGAGGUUUACCCCGGCAUCAGUUACGGGCACAAAAACUGCGUAGAUCCGCGAAUGCGAGUGCCGGCGAACAUGGGCUGGUUGUGGAACACGACCGACACGGCGAGCAAACUAAAGCCGCGGAUCGGCUGGAGGCCGGGCGCGAUCGGACAUUAUCUGUACGAGUUGCUGAAGGAGGCUAAGGGCUCUCUGGUGGAGGAUAGUCGAGCGAGGUCGGUGCCCUCGCGCACCGCCGUUCGCCGCGGCAAAGCGUUCAAACCCAUGGGCUACGCGUCGGCGAAGGAGGGCGAAGUGGAGACGGAGCCGCCGCCGACCCUGCAUAUUCAUCGGAAGGACGGUACUUACUACGUGACCAUGUACCCGAUCAAGGGGGAGACGGCGGAUGACACGCCGCGGCUGGAGAAGCCGACGAAGCCGCUGCAAUUGAAGAUAACGCGAAGUCGGAACGACGCGUCCGUCGCGUCGAGCUCCACCGCGUCGGACAUGGAGCUCGAGUUCUCGCCACCCGCGGCGGUCAACAGGUACCGGAAGAAGCCGGACGUGGUGCACGUGGACACCCAAGUGAGACAGCAGGAGAUAUUGGACGCCCUCAAGCCGCCCGAAACUCCCAGAGCGAAGAAGGAAAAGAAGGGAAAAGAAAAGAAAGAGAAGGAAAGGAGGGAAAAGAAGGGGAAGAAGUAG